GAAUUGAAAUUCCAAAAUUUAAGACAAAGGGGAAUUCCUGAAAUUAAUUAAAAUUCUCAAAUAUCGAAAUGCAAAAACUUGUUCCUUCCUUCCAAUUUCCACCCAACUCGCACUCACCCGGCAAUUCGAUUCAGGGAUUGUCGAUCAAAUGAAAAUCUCUCCAUGAAUAUGUAAUUCAUCGGCUGCAUUCAUUCAUUCUCGAUUUCAGCCAACACGUGAAAAAAAUUACCAUGCCCAAAUUUCAAAAUUCUCCGCGUAUUAAUCUCAUACUACAACUACUGCUUCCGUUCAUUCUUCAAUCAACUCACCCAGUAUCAGCGAUCAGGAAGGAUGUGAGCCUUCAACAGAAGCAUUAUUGUCAAACCACUGUUCAAGGAAGAUUCUUUCUCACCGACGACAACGGUCAUGUAUGCGAUGCGUUCUCUCUUGACCCGCUAUCUCAUUGCUGCCCGGAAAAAGGAGAUCAAUUUUCGUGUCAUGGAUGCAAUCUUGUUUCUCAGUGUUGCAACUCAUACGAGUUUUGUGUUUCAUGCUGCUUGAAUCCAGUUAUGACUCGUAUUGAACUGGCAUUAAAGGUCAAAAUAGCAAAGCCCGUCACUGCUGGAACCUAUGGAAGUGUCUUCGAUUUUUGUGCUGGGAGGUGUCGUCAUAAUUCUGAGAGUGUGGUUCAUGAAAAUGCAUAUAUAAGUAAUUUUCACCAUUGUUUUUCCAUCAGGUCUAAUUCUUCAGGAUCUUCUAGCACACAACUCGAAGCAAGACUGGCUGGCAUCAAUAUCAUUAUUGGAAGACAAGGGGAAUCAUGUGACUCGGCGUGCAAGUCCGAGGGACAAUCUUGUGUACCCAACAAACUUGCGUUACUUAAUCAGUGCGACGUCAUCCAAAAAUACAUGAUCUGCAAAGGUGCAUGUUUGUCUAGUAUAGGAGCCGACCAACCAGCUGAAGUUGUUGAUGACGCCCCAAAACAUCUGAACCCUGGUGCUUGCUUGUACACGAGAACACAAUCUGUGCUUUCUUGCGAUGGCUCACACACACAUACAAAGAGGCUUUGCCCAUGUGCAUAGAUGCUUCACAAGUAAGACUCUCUUCCCAAAGUUACUUGUUUGCUCUAAAGAUCGACCAUUGGAUAUAAAACGGGGGCUUUGUUGGUUUUGUUUCGGAAUAUCUGUUGGGUAAAUAUUUGAAGAAUGUGUAACAACCGAAUUAUGAUCAGUUUUUACUGUAACUGUCGUUCUCUUUUGAUUUUUUUUAUAGCUAGAUGCUUUUAUUUGUAUAAUGAUUGAUAGAUGCAUAUCUAUAUUAUGAAAGAAUUACAUGAAAUCUUUAUUAUUGAAGUGAGAAAGAAAAAUACACACCGUGAGAAUUGUCUAACAUAUCUGGGGUAUAGGAAGUUGAAAAUAUAUAUAUGUUUGACUUUGUUACUAGGCAAUCGACAAAACCAAAGACGGGAUCUUAUGUCUAGUUCGUGAGCAAGUAUUUUACAACAAAUUGUA